CUCCUCAUUCUGCUUGGGAAAAACAGAGAGCAGGAUGUGGCCGCGUCAUCCCACACUGCUGGGCUUUUCGGUCCUGUAGCGCUACUUUCCCUUGGGACUAUUUAGGUUUUUCUGCUAAGAACCAAAUUUGAAGACUGUCCCAAGAAACAUGGAACCAAGGAAGUUUGCCAGAGCUCUGCAGGGAGAGCCAGAGCCUUGCUGAGGCGGGGGUGGGGGGGGCGGGGAGGGGGAGAGGUUGGGGGAGGAGAGAGAGAGAGAGAGAGAUUUUUAAAUUCUCCAUGAAGUAUACUAUGUUCCAUCACUCCUUCGCAAAGCCACUGGAAGCAUUCCUUCCAGGAAAGGUGGAGUUGGUGGCGAGAAGCUGGAGGUGAGAAGAACCCUGAACGAACGGAUUCAUUCAUUUUCUGAAUUUCCUAUGUGAGGACGUAUUAGAGCCCAGUGAGGCUUUGAGAGGCCCCAAAGAUGAGCGCCAACAGCAGCAGAGCGGGCCAGCUUCUCUCGCAGGCUUCAGCGUGCGUUAGCUGGAAGCAGGAUGUGGAAGGGGCUGUCUACCAUUUAGCCAACUGCCUCUUACUCCUGGGCUUCAUGGGGGGCAGUGGGGUGUAUGGAUGCUUCUAUUUUUUUGGCUGCCUGAGUGCAGGUUACCUGUGCUGUGUGCUGUGGGGCUGGUUCAGUGCCUGUGGCCUGGACAUUGUUCUUUGGAGCUUCCUGCUAGCUGUGGUCUGCCUGCUCCAGCUGGCACACCUGGUAUACCGCCUGCGUGAGGACACCCUUGCUGAGGAGUUUGACCUCCUCUACAAGACGCUGUGCCUGCCCCUGCAGGUGCCCCUACAGACAUACAAGGAGAUUGUUCACUGCUGCGAGAAGCAGGUCUUAACUCUGGCCACUGAACAGACCUAUGCCGUGGAGGGUGAGACACCCAUCAACCGCCUGUCCCUGCUGCUCUCUGGCCGGGUUCGUGUGAGCCAGGACGGGCAGUUUCUGCACUACAUCUUUCCAUACCAGUUCAUGGACUCUCCUGAGUGGGAAUCACUACAGCCUUCUGAGGAGGGGGUGUUCCAGGUCACUCUGACUGCUGAGACCUCAUGUAGCUACAUUUCCUGGCCCCGGAAAAGUCUCCACCUUCUUCUGACCAAAGAGCGAUACAUCUCCUGCCUCUUCUCGGCUCUGCUGGGUUAUGACAUCUCAGAGAAGCUCUACACUCUCAAUGACAAGCUCUUUGCUAAGUUUGGGCUGCGCUUUGACAUCCGCCUUCCCAGCCUCUACCAUGUCCUGGGUCCCACUGCUGCAGAUGCAGGACCAGAGUCCGAGAAGGGUGAUGAGGAAGCCUGUGAGCCAGCUGCGUCCCCUCCUCAGGCCACGCCAACCUCUCUCCAGCAAACACCUCCUUGUUCUCCCCCUCCAGCUGCCACCAACUUUCCUGCACCUCCUUCCCGGGCCAGGUUGUCCAGGCCAGACAGCGGCAUCCUGGAGAUAGAUGAUUUUCCCUCUUAUUUCCCCCAGUUUGGCUUUUCAGGGAAGGUGGCAGCUGGCAGAAUCCCCUGACAACAAAAGGCACAGCAAAAAGUGGAGGCCUAAAGAAAACAUGUGCUAGCCCCUUAGCCUCUGAAUAACGAAGUCACACCCCAGUCUGCUCUCCUUCAUCUGUUUGGGAGGAGGCAGAUUAGAGUCAUCAGGCUCUUCCCCUCAGAAGCAGCUGUAAGGUAUUUGGUAGCUGUCAGUGCUAGCAAACAGUACUUUUCUCACAGAACUACUGGAAAGAGUCCUGGCACAGAAAACUUGCUCUUGAAAGUGACACGGCCACAACAGUGGUCUCUAGAGGGUUGUGCCACCUCUACCUGCCACAGGUUCCAUUGUCAGUCAGGUAAGUUAGGAGGCAGCAGGUCCUCACCUGCCCUCUGGAUCACAGCAGCCUGGGGCUGCUCCCAACUCAUGUUUCCACUUCUGCCUUACAGGCCUCAUUUUCCUACCCAUCUUUCUGUAAAAAUGAAAGUCAGGAGUCUUAUGAAACUUACCAUUAUUCAAUACAGGCUUUUGGUUUUUUUCUUUAAAUUAGAUAGGGUUAGGUAAGAAGUAGAGUUCUGUAGAAUGUUCAUAGGAAGCAACAAAAGUUGAUCUCUUGAUCUCUACAAUAGGAGAGGAUUGGGCUAGAUAACUUCAAAGCUGACUUGCCCUAAUAUUCUAGUACGAAAUGAUUCAAAGGUACACCUGCCCCUCUCAUGUCAGGCAGUAAGUACAGCUAAAACACUAGGAAUUGAUAGAGGAAAAGAAAAAAAUUGAAAAGAACCCUUUGAAGUUAGACAAACGGUCCAGAGACAUAGUGCUAAAAUCCUCCCUCUUUUUCUUU